AUGGAACUUCCAACAGUCCCAACGCCAUCCUCCGUGGCUGAGUACGUUAUAUCUGUUCUCCAAGCCUCUGAAAACACGCCCUACAUUGGAGAACCCAUUUCUCAACUCCAACAUUCUCUCCAGUGCGCGGCUCAAGCUGCCUCGGUUUCACCACCCGUGGAUGAAGCCACUCAAAUCGCCGCACUACUUCACGAUAUCGGUCAAUAUGCACCAGCCAAAGACCUGAGCAAACUCACCGGCGGAGAAGCCAAAAACCUAGGCGGACAAGCAGCGGGCACAAGCGUCGGUAGAGUCGGACACGAGACACUGGGUGCACAAUUUGUUCGUGCGCUAGGCUUUUCUGAGAAGGUUGCGCGUCUGGUGGAAUCACAUGUUGCUGCUAAGCGGUAUUUGUGUGUAGUGGAUAAAGGGUAUAUGAGUAAGCUUUCAGAUGCGAGUAAGAAGAGCCUUGGUUAUCAGGGUGGACCGAUGAGUGAUCAUGAGAGGGCUGAGUUUGGUGCUGAUGAGUGGUGUAAGGAGAUGUGCCAAUUGAGGGUUUGGGACGAUGAAGCCAAGAUCGAGGGGCUUGAGGUCAGGGACUUGGAGAGCUGGAGACCGGUGUUGGAACGGCAAUUAGAAGUAAGGAAGGGCAACAUGAUUUAG